CGAAAACAUCGAUACACUGUUGCUGCGGAGAUAACGUUACACGUAAAACGAUAAAAGUAAGGUUAUAAUGGACCCUUCUGAGGUCGAAUUCCUUGCCGAGAAGGAGGUAGUGAAGAUUAUCCCCAAUUUCAGUCUUGACAAAAUCUACUUGAUCGGGGGCGAUCUUGGUCCUUUUAACCCAGGGCUACCUGUCGACGUGCCUGUGUGGCUGGCCCUCAAUCUGAAACAGAGGCAGAAAUGCAGGAUAGUGCCACCAGAGUGGAUGGAUGUAGAGAAACUGGAGGAGAUAAGAGAGCUAGAGAGGAAGGAAGACACAUUCACCCCUGUCCCCAGUCCAUACUACAUGGAGCUGACCAAGCUGCUGCUCAACCAUGCAUCUGAUAACAUUCCCAAAGCAGAUGAGAUCCGCACACUGGUGAAGGACAUUUGGGACACGCGCAUCGCCAAGCUCCGCCUCUCUGCUGACAGCUUCAUCAGCCAGCAGGAAGCACAUGCCAAGCUGGACAACCUGACUCUGAUGGAGAUCAACACGACACGGUCCUUCCUGCUGGACACUCUCAACUGCAUGUACAAGCUGCGCUCCAACCUGCAGCCCGGCGCCAGUGGGGGCAAAGCCCAGGACCACCACUGAUCUGUAUUUACGGACGAGACCUGCGCCGCAGCCUCUCCUUCUCCUAAGCAAGAUGGAGCAGACUUAGGCCUAGCUUUACUAAGCAUUUGCACCAGCUGCAAAGUAAAAUAAAAUCUGCAAUACGGAGAACGCGGACGGAAUCAUGGAAUCCAGACAUUAAAACAGAAUUCAACAACAUUCUAAAAUGCAUUGAACUUAGUAGGGAAUCUUAUUGAACAUGAAUUAGCCCAAGUUUAUCAUAAGACAUGAACAGAAUCCAUCACUGAUUUGUAUUUCCUGCAACUUUCUGAAGAGUACAUUUCUAAAAUAAUUAUUCUGAUGUGGUUUAAGCAUUCUUGUGGACUUUUCUAGUUAAAAAGUGUUAUUUUUUGGAGUGAAAACACAGGAAACCUGGAAAACAAAAUGGAAAUUUUGAAAAAAUCUAAUGGAAUCAGGCAAAAAGUAAAACAGAUUUUAUAGUGCCCUAAGUCUGGUCCUAGUGAAGACAGAGCUGACCAGCAGUUCUUAUGAAGUGGGAGCACUGAUUCCUUAGUACAAUGUGUUAUCUCAUUGGAUUCGUUUCUAGUUGAAGCUUCGUCAGUCCUCUUCAACAGGUCAUGGACUCCCUGGAGGAAACACCCUGCUUUGGUCUGGCUGAUCCAUGUAUGGUUAGACUUUUCCCCCCCAAAUCUGGGUUGACGCCUUUUAAAAUAUUUGUAUAAAUGUCAUGCUUAGUAGAGGUAGCAGGGAUGGUUUAGAGAUAGAUACCUUGUGUAUCAGGUUUCUAGCCCUGUAUGAUUCUGAAUAGACCGGUAAGUCUAGUUUGAGGAAGAGGAACAACAUGAUUUUAUGGAUGGAGGGGGGCAGGCCUACAUUGGGAAAUCAAAGAAGCAACAUGUUAUGUUUCAGUAUGUGUGAUUAAAUAUGUAUAUAUUUUUGCUAAGUGUGUGUUGUGACAAAGUACAUCCCCUUAUGUUAGGUCAGGGGACACCUCAUAACCCUAAUUUCUACAUGUAUGCCCCUCUGGAUACAUAAGACUCUAUGUGAAUUCUGACCUUGAAUUUAAGUUUGAGAAUAGCAUGCUAAUCAUACCGCUAUUUGUUUGGGGUGGCGAUUAAAGAAAAGAAGGUGUGGUGGAGUUGUGUCUACAGAUAUGCUGUAUUCUACACUGUUUUUUUAACUUAAUUACCUCCUAAUUCUACCCCCAUUACGCGUGAUAAAACUAAUAAGGCUGAGGAACCUGUCGGUUUCCAAUAGAAAUAAUCCCAUCCUCCAUGCACUGCAAUUUACAAAUUGAUAAGAGCUAGGUAAAUGAGUAAGCCGUUUGGAUGAUGGGAUUGUAGUUAGAAAUUACAAUUGUUUUAGAUCUAUUUUACCUUAUAAUCGCUGGAAACAAAAUGUGAAACCAGUCAUAUGGCAGAAAACUGAAGCAUAUCAGCUUUUCCAGUUAAGUUUAUUAAAGAUGAUCUGACAGA